GAAGAUGAAGUGACCUUUCUGAAGCGAAGAUGUCUAUAGGUGAGUUUGUGUAAUGCCUCUCCCACAUGGGUCUGAAAAGUGGAACUUGGGACAGAGUUACUGAAACCAAACAGCUCUUCACUUCUUGAGGUGGUAAAACUAAGGAAGUAUGAUUUGUGUAGGAAGAUCACAUUUCUUCUGUUUCAACCAUCCUGUAGAGUCUCGCGAAGUGACAGUAAACCCGAACGUGGCAGUUUUAGUUGUACCAAAUGCCUUUUCUUCAGAUUGCUCAUCAGAAGUCAAAAGCUUGGACAAUGAUCUUCGGGAGAGUCCAGACGUCUCUGAGUUUGAGUCAAUAAAUGAUACCCAAAGUGCUUCACAAGAUGAACGAAGUUUGUUGGUACAAGAAGGAGUUUGUACGCUGCUACAGGAAAUGGAAGGACUUAAAAUGGAAAAGGGAAAAAAUCAUGAGGAUGGGUUAAAACUUAGAGAAAUCAUAAAUACGUGUGCAGAAUAUGAAAGCUCUUCUGGAAAAGAAAACGAUUUGAAAGAAUUAGAAGAAAAAGAAGAUCAGGAAGUGUGUUCUUCUACCUGUACUAAUCAGAAAGUGUGUUCUUCUUCCUGUACUGAUCAGAAAGUGUGUUCUUCUUCCUGUACUGAUCAGAAAGUGUGUUCUUCUUCCUGUACUGAUCAGGAAGUGUGUUCUUCUUCCUGUACUGAUCAGGAAGUGUGUUCUUCUUCCUGUACUAAUCAGGAAGUGUGUUCUUCUUCCUGUACUGAUCAGGAAGUUUGUUCUUCUUCCUGUACUGAUCAGGAAGUGUGUUCUUCUUCCUGUACUGAUCAGGAAGUGUGUUCUUCUUCCUGUACUGAUCAGGAAGUGUGUUCUUCUUCCUGUACUGAUCAGGAAGUGUGUUCUUCUACCUGUACUGAUCAGGAAGUGUGUUCUUCUACCUGUAUUGACCAGGAAGUGUGUUCUCCUACCUGUACUGACGAUGCUAGUCAUUCAGAGUCUUUUACAUUAGCAACUUCUGUAGGUGAACACAAGGUGGAGAAUUUAGAAGAAAUAACUUUCAAUGGAUUAGGUCCACCUUUUUUAGAGAAAGAGUAUAAUUAUUCUCCAAGCUAUAAUCUUCCAACUCAUUCUUCACCUUAUCAAAGCAGGAUUAAAACCAAUGGAUCGCUGCAACGGGACUGGAUUAACCACGUCUCCUCUCCAAUAGGAGAACCUAAAAGUCACAAAGGAAUGUUUGGGGAUAGUGAUUCGAAUGUUAGUCAAACCUCGCUACAUUCAUUUUCAUCGGAUGAUGAACUAAUGUACGUCGUAACUCCUCAUCCAGGAUCGAAAUAUUCUUUAAGUUCGCAACAGGCUUAUUAUAGUAGUCUCAACCCUAGUAUUCCACGUACAGGGACAGCAACCAUUGCGUGCCCUCAGUCUCCAAGAAACCGGAUUAGAACGGUCGUGAGUAAGGAAAACUCCAACAGGUUUACACAAAAGGAUCGUGAUGAUUGCAACAGCCAAGAACAACAACUAAACCUGGAUGUCUCCCUGCACAUGAAGGCAACUUGUGCAAGAGCGUCUCUUAGUUACGCUUCAGGGGACUUGGUAAGUUAUUUGAAGCAUUGGAAUUAA